AUGUCUCCUGACAGACUUGAACAUCUUUUGUCAUUAAUUGGAUCUUCAUUAACGAAAAAGUAUUGUACCAGUAGAGAUUCUAUAUGUCCGUCGCAAAGAUUAAUUAUAACAAUUCGAUACCUUGCUACAGGAGAAUCACAACAAACUCAGUCAUUUUAUUUUCGAGUUGGCAGAGCUACAGUUUGCCAUAUAAUUGAAGAAACUUGUUGUGCAAUAUGGAAAGUUCUCAAGAAAGUCUUUCUACGAGCCCCUAAUGACGUAAAUGAAUGGCAAAAUAAUAUUAAAGAGUUUGAUCAAAAUUGGAACUUUCCACAAUGUAUAGGAGCUAUUGAUGGAAAGCAUGUACGCAUUGAAGCACCUGCAAAAUCUGGAUCUUCUUUUUAUAACUACAAAGGGUUUUACAGCAUGGUUUUAUUAGCAAUUUGUGAUGCUAAAUAUUGUUUCACAAUGGGUUAUUUUAAUUUACCAAAAAUUUCUGAAUUUGAUCCUAAAGUUCCACCAGUCCUAAAUGGAGAUGACAUAUUUUCACUUAAAACAUGGUUAAUGAAACCGUACCCAGGUAAAAAUCUUACUGUUCAGCAAAGAGUUUUUAAUUAUCGCUUAUCUAGAGCAUGUAGAACAAUCGAAAAUAGUUUUGGAAUUUUAGCAGCUAGAUGGAGAAUAUACAGAUCUCCAAUUAAAGCAAAGCCAUUGAAAGUGGAACAUAUAAUAAAGGCUACUGUCUGUCUUCACAACUAUUUGCGUUUAACAAAUGGAGCGCAUUAUAUUCCUACUGGUUUUGUUGAUAGUCAAAGUCAUUCAGGAAUUGUUAUUCAAGAAGAUUGGAGAAAAGAAUUACAAGAUCAAGGGUGUUUGCUUGAUUUCUCAAAAUCAACAAGUAAAAGAUCUGUUUUUGAUGCAAUUGCAAUAAGAAAUACUUAUAAAGAUUAUUUUAAUUUAUGUGAAGGAAGCCUUUCGUGGCAAAUGGACUAUGUUCAAUCGUGUGGCCACAAUCCAUUAAAAGAUAUACUUCAACAGUUACCUAACAAUUAA